UGCCAAAGCUCGGGGGCCUUGGUGGAUCCAAAAUGGCGGCUUAGCAGAGAUCGGAUGACUAAACCCCGAAACAUUUGUGAAUAUUUCUGCUCUAAAAAUCAGUCCUGACCGCAGUAGAGAUCUUGUUUCGCACCAGGAGAAAUCUCCAGCCACAGAACUAGAAGAUGGAUCCCGCAGAGGCAUCUUCCAUGAUAAACCAGGGCGCGGGAACGCCUGGGUCCCCCGUGGGCCUGGCUCAACCGCAGGUAAGCAGCGUCCAGACGAUGAUGACCAACUCCAACAUGAGAGUAGUGAAGGAGCCCAGGGGCUUCCUCAAGUUGUUGCAGUUUAUAUUUGCAAUCUUUGCAUUUGCCACUGCGAGUGGAGGAGGAAGCAAUUUCCAGUUCAGUGUGAAAUGCAAUGACACUGAUCCUGGCAAGCUGGUGGACGUUUUUUACUCCUAUCCAUACAAGCUAGAAGACGUCCCCGUGGUGAGCAAGUUUUGUGAAAACACCACCCAGACUGUCUACCCACUGGUCGGCAACGAAAACUCAUCUGCAGAGUACUUUGUGACCAUUGGAGUCUUUGCCUUCCUGUACUCCCUAGUAGCACUAACGAUCUACGUUUUCGUGGAAGGUCAAUUUGGCGACAAGAACCUGUGGUCUAAAGCAGACCUGUUCAUCACCACGGCGUUCGCCAUCUUCUGGUUCACCAGCUCCUCGGCGUGGGCCGCCGCCGUGGCCGACAUCAAGUGGUCGACGUACGCCCCGAACGUGUACACGCACGGUGACAUCGUGCAGCUGUGUAGUAAGAAACCAGACAUUGUGUGCACCAACGGGGGGCAGAACUCCUCCUACGCCAACCUCAACGUCUCCAUCCUCUUUGGAUUCCUGAACUUCAUCCUGUGGGCCGGCAACAUCUGGUUCACCUACAAGGAGACCCCGUGGCACGCACAGCGCAACGAGCCUGCUGAGAAAAAGUACCCCAGCCCCGCCCUGGGCACUCCCACCGGCAUGGAGGGGGGCACCCUGUCCUCCCCCAGCCAGAUAUGAGCCGGCCCACUCGAGCCACGCCCAAUGCUAAGUUAACAAUGGCUACAAUGCACCAUACAAAUGUUGGUACAACUCUGCAUGAGACAACAUUUGAACCUUUAACCUUCUCCCUGCUAAGAUAGCAUUUGGCAGGGAAUUUGUGCUGUCCUGUUGGUGGAUAACAGGGAAAAAGUUACUGUUCAAAUGUCAUGAGGCAUUGUAAAUUAUAAUUUGUCAGGUGAAUUUUUAAUCGAAUGCUGCUGAUUCUGUUAUAUAUGUAGACACUGCCUUGCGUUGCUUUGUAAUAAAACUGUAAUGAUUUCACAUACUUUAUGGGUUCAUUUAAACUAACACUCAAGGAAACAUUUGUAUGGUGCAUUUGUGGCUGUUGGAUAUUGUGCUUUUCUUAGUAUGUAAAAGUUUUCUUAUAACUAUAUUUCAACAUUAAGUUUGGGUUUCUUAGUAUGCAAGUUUUCCUUUAAGUUGUCUUCUGAUGUAAGGUUAAGGCCAACCCUUGAAAUCUUGGUCUUGUUUUUUGUUGGCUUGAAUUUGGUUGAAAAAAAAAAUUAUGCAUGCAACAGUUGGUCAUACAAUAUUUUCUCUUGCUAAGAAGGAAAAUUCCAUUGCAGCAGUGAAAUAGCUGUAAAGCAAAUCUAAGGAGCUGCAGAUAUCAUACACUCUUAGUGAUCAUUCCUUAAAGUUAUUCUUAGCAUGUUGUAGUGCUUUAUUUUCAUAAGUAUCACAAUGUGAUAUGUGUAGCUAUUUUGAAUUACUCCUGUGUUCUACACUAAAAUCUGCUAUUCUGCUUCUGUAAUUCAAGAACUGAUGAAGAUCAAAAUGCAGAAUUAUAAGGAAAACUUAAACCUUGUACCAACAGGGAAGGUAUGCAGUUUUUGUUACACAAUUACUUUUUAUGGUAAUACAUUUGUAAAGUAGGUGUUACAUUUCUUUCCUAGCAUUGUUAUUUGAAAAAUUUGAGUAGAAGAAAGUCACUGUUUACCAACUAUAUUUCAUUAACUUGUAUAGAGUACAUGUAUCUUGAGUCAGGAAAAAGGGAAGUGAAUUGGCUUUUGUGAGGGAAUUUCCAUACAACAAUACACCAAGAUGAAGAGGCAAAGUGUGAUGGAAUGUAUGUGUACAAUAUUCUGGAUGCUGAAAAGAAAGACAUAGCAUGUUGAUUCAUAGCAUUCAAGAUAUACCAUCUUGAUAAUCAAGGACAAGAUGUCAGUGGUCCUACCUGCACCAGUCAGUCAAGAUCGUAUGAAAUGUAGUGUAAGAGUGCCCCCCAUCUAUAACCCUGUGAACUGCACUCAUGUUAUUCAAGACAACAUAAAAAGACAUAGGACUGUAGCCACACUAAGUAGGCAAGAUGUAUAACUAACACUUCCCACAGAGUCAUGUUACAAUUUACAAAUUUGUCACACUUUCAUACCUGUGAGUAUCAGAUCAUUUGAAGUGAUGGUGUACAUUGUUAUUGUUCAGUGGUGUAAUGUGCCUACCUUAGUGUUACAGUGUCGAGGAUAUAAACCAUGUUCCCUAUUCAUCAUUUUGUACAGGCAAGGUGAGGAACCUUUCAGUGUGCUUUUCGAUAUACAUGAGGAAUUGUUGAAUGUACUUAUGUCGUGAUAGAAUAUCCUGCAUCUUGUGGCACUAGUGACUGGAAAGAAAUUCACUUGUACCCACUCACCAAGCACCUGCCACACAAUGAAGCCAUUCCCUGUUGUGUAUUGACUGUUGUGGAACUAGGCUUUGCUCAUGUGGUGUUUUCAGGUAGCAGUUCCCUUGAUGUAUAAUACCAGCACCUGUCAUGUGUACAUUUACAUGCACAAGUCGCACUUACUAGUAUUGUACUCGGCUAAGUCCCAUUGCACUAUUAGUAAUUGCUGUUACUACUUAAACUGCUCUGCACUUUCAGCACUCUAAAGUGUACAAAUGGUGUUGCUUAUGACACCCUUUCUGAAGAAGCCAACACAUGAUUUGGAACACUUGUAGUAGAUUACAUGCUAGGGUAAAAGUUGGUGUAAAAAGUUAUCACAAGAGGACCACAAGUGAACAGUGUGUAGUGAAGGCAAAACUGCUAUUAGAAAGGCACUAUACAGUCUUCGAUGUGCUAUCAAUGAUGUUUCCUAUAUAUCUUGUGUGACUACACUUGUACAUGCACUGUGUCUAUAAAGAACAGUGAAGAAUAUCGUAAUAGUAGCACCAGAUUUUGUAACAAGAUGUCAACAUUCAUACAAAAUUGGUUCACAUUGCUGAUGACUGUAGAUGUAAAAAGGUGUAUUAGUCCCAGCCUGUGUGGUAUGUACCUUGAGUAUACUAAUAGCCAUUGUACACAGGAAAUACUGUUAAGGUUAUAGAUGUAACAUUCUGUGUGAAGGUAUAGAAAGUAUAUAAUGUACGAAUGUAUUAAAACAGUUUGAGCAGAUUUCUCACUACUUAAAACGUCAUGAUGGGCAGUGUUGAAAAAAGAAAAGAUCUUUAAUCCCCAAAACUAUUGUUACAAAACCUUGAGAACAUUGCACUUCCCCAUUCAAUGGAAAGAUAUUUGCCCUAUUUGGUAAUAUUGUACUAUUAUAUAAGUGUUCAGUGAAACGUUUGUCAAGCCAGUAUGAAAAACACUAGAUUGUGACACUUGGGUGUGAAAUCUGCUCUUCCUCCUGAAACUUGUAUGUAAAAAGAGAAGUUAGUCUUGUAUGUUGCGAUAAGAAUUUAGUGUUGCGAAACACGGAGUAACUCUAUAACUUACUGUUAACACAUUGUUCAGCAGACAUACAGCUGGUAGUAGUUUGAACUUUCUAGUAGCUUGUGUGGUGAGAAUGCAGUAUUGCUAACCGUGAAUAUCUACCUGUAUAUUCACCUGUCCAGGAAACUAUUUGCUUCGCAGUAAACUCAGUAUGCUUGACAGUUCU